ACUCUUCCGCAUUUCGAACGAAAUCAAUCAACAUUGCCCCUAACAACAAACUUCGAAUUUCGUCAGCUUAAAACCCAGGAGAAUACCAUGGCCUUUGGUUUCACCUUCGGGGCCGGUCGUGCGGUUCGGCAAGUUGUCGGCGCCGCUCGUAAUAGGCUUCGGAAUCCGCUGAGGAGAUUGUCGGGUAGUUCCCGAAGUUCGUCGCGCCCGGUGAUGCUGACAACCCUCGCACGGCGGGCUGGGCGAAUAGCGAGCUAUGGAAUUCCACGAGCUCGACUCUUCUCGUUUCUGGCACGGAGGGACGUCAUGGCUGCGUCUAUGGUAUGCAAACGAUGGCAGGACGUGGCAAAAUCCCCAGCCUUUUGGAGACAUGUGGAGCUCGUAUCGUUUGCUGAGCGUGUCGGUGACAAGGAGCUGAGAGGGCUUCUUUCCAACCAACUCAAGGAUACAAGGGUUCUAUCCAUGGCGUUGUGUCGAAAAGUUUCACCUGAAGGUUUCACGGCACUGGCAAAUAGUAUUUGUGGUCAUCGACUUGUCUCGCUGGAUCUGUCGUUUUGUGCGUUAACUGACAAUGUGGUAAGGGAAGUGGCCAUUAAUUGCAGAUCACUUGAGCGGCUUCGUCUUUUCGGAGCAAGACACUAUGUUAGCGGGCUGGCAUUUGGUGAGCUCGGGCGACUACGCAAUCUAAGAGAGCUUGACCUAGGACUGUGCCUUCGGGUUGCAACCUCUACAUUGAGUGCCUUGGGCAAUGGCUUGAAGUUGCUUGUUGUGCUGUCCCUUGCGGGAUGUCCUGGUGUCUCACCAGAGGGUGUCCUUCACUUGAGCGGUUGUGUGUCAUUGGAGGCGUUGUGCUUGAGGGGCUGUUGCCAGAUAUCCGAGGUCGUGGCAAAUGAUUUGGGAAAUGAGCUGUCCAGACGGGGAUGCGGCCAUCUUGUUCUGGUAGAAGCUGGAAACGGGCAGCCGAACGCAGCCCCCUUCCCCGCCCGGCCACCACCGCCGCCAUCUUUUCCUCUGACCUGCAGGCAAUCGAAGACAGAAGGGAAAGAGAAGGGAAAGGAAAGUGCCGAAACUGCUCUGAAAGCUGGGCGUGGAAAAAGCAGGCAAGAGUUCGAGGAUGAGCAGUUCACCAGACAUUCGGGCAAUGGCAAAGAAGCUAUGGGCAAUGAGAAUGAUCGUGCUGCCGAUGAAGCAGGGAAAAGGGAAAUGGAAGACAUUCUGGCUUCUGCAGCCGAAUUGAUUGCUAAAGGUCAAGCAGCCUUACAGACAGGUGAUCUGGAGAAUGCAAAAGAUCGGUUCCGUGCAGCAUGCAGAUUACUUCCAAGUGCAGCUGCCUAUACGUUCCUUGGAUGGCUCCAAAGACUUUUUGGUUGUCCCAGUAGCAGGUUGCGUCCGGUACACGAUCUGAUGACGAGGUCUGAUCCGGAUAGCAGGUCGCAGACUGAUCUUGAUGUCCAUGUCAGAGCUGCUGCUCCAGAAGUCUGCGAGUCCAAGGUGCCGGCCAAAGGGAAAAGCAUGGUGGCCAACCAGCUGUCUUAUCUCCUCGUACUGAGCUGCAGCAUGCAAUCGUCCUGACUUGUGAAGGAAGCAAGGGUCUUGGUCGCUGAUGAUGUUCUCGGGGAGACCAUGGCGGCGUGCGAUAUGGUCGAAGAAGAGAAUGGCGACAUCCUUGGCGUUGUGCGAUGUGGUGCAAGGGAUGAAGUGGCCACGUUUCAAUUUUUGCUCUUUGAGGAUAGAGAGGACUUGGCGGAGAUUGUGAAGGUGGGACUUGAAGGUGGGGCUAUAGACAAGCAUAUCAUCGAGAUAGACGACGACACAGACUUCGAGGAGGUCGUGGAAGAUGUGAUUCAUGGUGGGUUGGAAUGUGGCGGGGGCGUUGGUGAGCCCGAAGGGCAUCACAAGGAACUCGUACUGCCCGAAGCGAGAAUGGAAUGCGGUCUUGUGGGUGUCCUCCUCGCGGAUGCGGAUCUGGUGGAAGCCACUGCGGAGGUCAAUUUUGGUAAAAUAUUUCUCUCCACGAAGGCGAUCAAGGAGCGGGGAGAUCCGAGGUACGGGGUACUUGUUCUUGAUCGUGAUCCGAUUCAAGUCGCGGUAGUCUGUGCACAUCUGAAGUUCCGAUGUUCCGCCUUUCUGUACGAAAAGGUAGGUUGUGCCGAAGGGGGAUGAACUCGGCUUAAUGAAUCCUUUUUCAACUA